UUUAACCUCAACUUUCCGAAAAAGUCUAAUAAAAGUACUGCUGAGGGUUUUUCAGCUGAGGCUCUAUGUGGGUGGGAAAGCCGUGGCUGCAGCAUCUGCAAAGGAGCAGGCAGAGCAUAUGCAGUUUCUUAGAGCCUGUACUUGUGCUUCUUAAACUGAGAAACUCCUGGGAGGUUUGGAGGUUGGAGGGAAGGGCAGGUCUUACAAGCUGUAUCUUUCAGACUUUUACAGGAGUACUCUGAUUUUGGCAUGGUGGUGUUAUGUUUGGUUUUUCCCUGCCUAAAAAGUGUUUACAAAUGUACUGAGCAUGCUAUAUCCUUAUCACAAAGCUGAUGCGUGGAUUGACUUGGAAGAAAACUGUUCAGGGAAAGUGUGCUUUAUUUUUCUUUCCCUGGAGUAUCUGUCUUAAGUGUUUGGAACCAGGCUACCUCUACCCCACUUGUGAGACACAGAAUCCUGAGUUACUUUUCUUACAGACAGCUGCCUGGACUGCAGGGAGAGGUGAGAGCAGAAGAGCUGACUGUGAGAGGCUGGCUGGUUUUGUCUGCCCUGAGCAGGUUGUCCAGGUUUUACCCCAGCCAGCAACAAAGCACCAGGCAGCCUCUCCUUCACUCCCCUGCCAGCCCCAUCAGGGAUGGAAUCAGAAGAGUUGCAGUGAAAAACUUGUGGCUUGAGAAAAAGUUGGUUUAGUAGGUAAACCCAAAGCUGUGCAAGCAACCAAAGAAAAUGAAUUAAUUAAUUAAUUGGUUUUUUAAAUGGCAGUUUUCCAAUGUUUGAAAUAAUCAAGCCAAGGUUUCCAAUUGUAUUUUGCACUGCCCUUUGUUAUUACGUGUGAGUAAAGCUCCUCGUUUUAAUACAGGAAAACACAUUAUAAUCAAACUGAAACUGAAACUCCUUUUUGGAUUCCUGGAAAUGAAACUGAGACUUCUGUCAUGGCCAAGUUAUUGAGGUGGUUAUGCAGAACCUUUGAACUUUCCUGCACUCAGAGUAUUCUCUCUGCAGCCCCUGAAAAGGAAGUGCAGUGUGAGUGCAAUGUAGGGACCUCUCACAUCUCUAAUUCAUCAUGGAAUGCAAGAGAACUGGAGUUACUUCAUCUGGGGAAUUGCCUUGCUGUUCUUGUAAGCUGUAACAUUUCACAGAAUGCUAAAGUUUGCAAUCGUGCCGUGCUUCUCUUUGCAGUCAGGAUGGUAUUGCCCAUUAGGGGCUGCCUUUCCGUGGAACCUGGUGGGUGCAUUGACAGGAUUUGGUGGAAUGCUGCCCAAACCAUAAAGAGAGUGUGAGGAGGAGCAGCAAAAUCCAUCACUUGCUGCAUUCAGCACUUGUGAGCCUUUCUAGGAAAUGCUGGCAAGACCUGAGAAGUGCUCAAAUUGCCAUGCAGAAGAGUCAAGGCUGUUCUUUUCCCAACAGCUGAGAGAGCAAUCCUUGUCUGUGAUGUGGGGCACAGCCAGAACAGGCACAGUGUGUCCCUAAAAAGCAUGGAAUUUGUAGGACAUUAAACCAUCAGAAUGUGGUGCACAUCAGAGGAUGAAAACCUGGGCUGAUUCAGUGCAAGCCAGGGAAGCCCCAACAUUGUGCAGUCCUGACCCUGGCUCAAGGGCCUCACCUGGUCCUCUUCACUGUGUUUGUAGGUGGGGUAAUGUAAAUCUAAUCCAUCAUGGUUUUGCUGCAAAGUCUUUUGAAUUUACACAAGGCCGUUUGCACUGGCCAUUUACAUCCUCUGCUGGGUUCCGUACCAGUGGACUGGUACACAGGCCAGACAUUAAACAUGAUCCAAAGGUUGUUUUAAAAGAUGAUAUCCUGCCAUGCGUACGGGAGCAAAGUCAGGAUUGUUGCCCAUCCCUGAACAGGACCCCUUCCAAGGCAGGGGCUCCUGGCAAAGAGGCAGUGACCAAACUUCCAUCGUGGCAGGACCAGAUUUUCCACACAACGGUGGUAUCGGCAACAACCUCGGGAGCAGAAGGAUCUGGAGCAGGUGGCGGGUGUGCCCCGAUGGGUGGCUCCGGGGCAGUGGCGGCAGUGAGCCGGGCAGAUUACACGCAAGAACCUCGUUCGCCCAAUUUACAGCAUUUAGAGGGAACUUUGAUCCCGGCCACGGCAGCAGCAGGACAGGCACCGAGCUGCCCCUGCACAGCCUCGCCUCGCCGCCGCGCUCUGCCCUGCGCUGAGCCAGCCCAGCCACAGGUGCGCGUCCUGACUGCACGCUCCUGAGAUGGGACAGGACAACAGCCACCCCCAGCCCGGGGACCUGAUCGAGAUCUACCGGGAAUUUUACCAGCACUGGGCCCUCUACAUGGGGGAUGGAUAUGUCAUCAACGUGACACCCGUAGAUGAAGGAGCCCCAUCCCUGUCGGUCAGCAUCGCAUCAAUAUUCACCAGAAAGGCCAAGGUGAAGAAGCAGCUCUUGAAGGAGGUGGUGGGAAAUGAUAAAUGGCAUGUCAACAACAAGUAUGACCGCUCCCACACUCCUCGUCCCGUGGGGGAGAUCAUCCGGCUUGCUGAGCGCUGGAUUGACAGGGAGGUGCCAUAUGAUGUGCUUGCCAACAACUGUGAGCACUUUGUGACAAUGCUUCGCUAUGGAGAGGGAGUCUCUGACCAGGCCACAAAUGCAGUUGACGGUGCUACAGCAGCCGUAGGAGGUAUCAUUCUUGUUGGUCUUGCUGCUGCUGUUCUGAAGGGUUUCUCUAGGGACUCAUCCAGGGAAGAGAGACGGUACCACUGAUGGACUGUCUGGAAGAGCUUGGACCAAGGCAAUGGGAGUCCCUUGCCACAGCUGUAACUGGUCAGCUUUUACUACACCUGGCACCAAGUCUUCCCAGAAACCAUGCUACCCUUGCUGUAAACA